AUUAUUACUAUUAUUAUUAAUACUUCUAAUCCCAAUGGAUCUUGCAUUGAACACUGAAAUAACACAGAAAAUGAAUCAAACAGAAAUUACACAUACAACUGGGACCACUAAUACUACUAAUACUACUUCAACCAUUACAUCAACACCUACAAAUAUUAAUGUCAAAUCAACUGGAAGUACUUUGUAUGAACGACGUAGAAAUUGGCGUGCACAACAAAUGAAAUCAUGCAUUGAAGCACCGAUCAAUACUACGUUGACAUCUAUGCAACCUAAUAAAGCGGAUGAUGGAUUAAAAGGGAGUAGUACUUCAAAAAAGUUGGAAAUAUUACAUAAUAAAGAGAAUUGGUGGCGGAAAACUAUUAGUCAUGAACCCAGUGUAUUAAUAACGCCAUUUGCUCAAAUUUUAACUAUUUUAAAUCGUGCACGAGAUUUCUUAUCCAGUUAUACAUCAAACACUCCCUUAAACACACCACAUGAUCCUAAUUUGCUCAGUAUGAAUUCAGCUGGUUGUGAUGAGAAAUAUACUAAUUAUCUGCAUCAUCAUCAUCAUCAUCAUGAAUUUGAUGUAGAUUAUGUGAAGCAAAUAUUGGCUGAAUUUGAUUGGUGCUUAGAAGUAUUGGAUAGUUUACAAUGUAAACGUUCAGUAAGCAGUUUAACACGUAUGAAAUUACGUAGUCUACUUAGUCAAGAAUUAGCAGCUUCAUUUCAUCAAUCAUGUCAUAAUGAAUCAAUGGAAAAAGAUUCUUCUUUCACAACAAAAUCAAUCAAUCCUACUUCUUCAUCAACCAAUAUUCAUUGUAAUGAUUCAGUUCGAUUAAAAAAAUCCACUCUCCUCCGAAAUGAUGAACAAGAGUAUAAUAGAAAAUCAAACAGUAGUAAUCUAAAUCAAAUACAAAAACGUAAACAACAAUUUCGACAAUGUCGUUCACAAGUUUGUGAAUAUAUUUGUAAAACAUUUCUUGAAGAAGAUGAAGAUGAUGAUGAUGUGGAGGAGGAGGUUGAUGAUGAUGAUGAUGAUGGUGUUCAGAACGACGAUGCCAAGAAUACAUUGUCUUGCUCGAAUGAUAAUAGUAAUAGUAAUAGUAAUAAUCCAUCCUCUGAAAAAUCCUCCAUUCAUUUAAAUCAUUCACAAUUGAAACUUUCGCUCAAUGAUCAAUAUGAUGAAGAAUCUUGUGAAACAAUGAACUCCACUAGUGGUUGUGUUUCUCAAUCAAAAUCUACCUCAUUUAUUAAACAAACUCAGUGCACAGAUUUUAUGUUGGAUACAUUAAAGUUGAUUACCUUGAAUAUUGAAUAUUUUGAUAAUUCUGCCGUAGAGAAUUUUAUCAUUAACAAUCAAUCAAAUUUCGCUCCAAAUCUAUUUGAAUUAGAUGAAAUUUCAAAUCAUCAUCCUUUAAGUACAUUUGGUUUUUAUUUAUUUAUGAAAACAAAUAUAUUACAGAAAUUAUCAAUACCUUCUGUGAUAAUGUUAAAUUGUUUAAAACAAAUUGAAUUACGUUACAAUUCAAUUGCACCAUUUCAUAAUUCAAUUCAUGCUUUAGAUGUGUUACAUGCAACUUAUCAAUUAUUUCAAUGUAAUAGUUUAAAAAAUAUCUUCAGUGAUCUUGAGACAUUUGCAAUUUUCUUUGCUAGUGCUAUACAUGAUGUUGAUCAUCCUGGUUUAACAAAUCAAUAUCUUAUAAAUACAAGUCAUGAAUUGGCUUUAUUAUACAAUGAUAAUUCAGUUUUGGAAAAUCAUCAUUUACAUGUAGCUUUCAAGUUGAUUAACUCAGAGAAAGAAUGUGAUUUCACACAAUAUUUUACUAGUCAACAAAAAUUGUUAUUUCGUAAAAUGGUAAUUGCUUUGGUAUUAUCAACUGAUAUGAGUAAACAUAUGUCAUUAUUGGCUGAUUUAAAAACAACCGUUGAAAAACAAAAAGCAUUUCAAGGCAAUGUUAUCAAUUUGGAUAGUUAUUCAGCUCGUAUGCAGAUAUUAGAAUGUAUAAUUCAUGCAGCUGAUUUAAGCAAUCCAACAAAACCAUUAGAAAUCUAUCGUGAAUGGGUAUCAAGAAUAAUGGAAGAAAUGUUUAGACAAGGUGAUCAAGAGAAACAAUUUGGUAUUGAAAUUAGUCCAAUGUGUGAUAGAGAAACUGCAUGUAUUUACAGUACACAAAUUGGUUUCAUUGACUAUAUAGUCUAUCCAUUAUGGGAAACAUUGGCUGAAUUAUUACAUCCAGGUGUACAAAUUCUAAUGGACAAUAUUGUGAAUAAUAGAAAUUGGUAUCUCAAUGCAAAAGAGGAAGAGGAGACGAAAAAAGAAAACACCAGUAUUGAUCAGCCAUUAUGAUGAUCAU